AUUUUCCUCAGACUUUCCGUGCGGCGCUCCAGCCGUUCUUCCAGCUAGAAGGCGUACCACGGUGGCAAUAUCUAUGCGCCCCGCGUUUACAGAACAAUACGCACAGUAGAACCCACUGGAACAUGUGAAUAAUGUUGCCGAAGCUUUCCGAAAGUAGAAAUUGAGCGUUUAAAAAAAAAUAUUUGGGGGAUCAAUCGCGUUUUGGUUGCGCACCAUACGAGACACGUGCCUUCGAGGUAAACAGACAGCAGGACUGGGCAGCCAGAUAACGUCAGUAGUCUUGGUUAACGUUACAUUGUUUUUCUCCUGUGUUACAAGCGUGCAUAAGCGGUUAUAACGCCACCAUAGUGGACGUAGACGUCGAGCGGAGGUUCAUUUUGUUUUCGUUUGUGCACCUCGGUUGAUAAUUAAGACGCAGUUGGACAUGUCGGAAGUACUACAAGACAAAAUGAGUCAUUAUGGAAAUGAGGAUGACGAGGGACACCUUUCCUUCACCUGUCGCCUCCAAGACACCAACAACUUCUUCAGCGGCUCGCAGGGGGGGAAACGCCCACCCAAACUUGGACAGAUAGGCAGAAGCAAACGAGUUGUCGAGGACGAGAACGGCGUUGACGAGGCGCUAAAAAACGGGACAGAGAAAACACAGACAGAGGCUUAAACACAUCACCCCCCGGAAGGACAUUGAUUCUCAUUUUCUAUAUGAUAUUUGCAGUUUUGAUCCAAAGACAGUGUAUAUAAGCACUUUUAACCCAUGUGGCAACAAGCACUUCCAGUCCCAUCUCCUCUCUCUCCCAGUCCUCAUGAUGAUCUCCUGAGACUUAUACUGGCAGGAUGGGGAAGCAGCCGAGAUGGAGACAGAGAUGAAGACAGAGGCGGAGACAGAAAGAGUGGUGGACACAGAGGUGGAGACAGACAGAGAGAUGGACACAGAGGUGGAGACACAGAGAGUGAUCGAGACAGAGGUGGAGA